GAUGAUAUGAAAGUUCAUAUUGAACCCUGGAGGAUAAUUAACAGUGAGGAUGAUCGGAAGUUUCUCAAUGAGUACAAACCCGGGCAUGAAGAUCAGAAACUCAGGAUUCUCCUUUAUGGACCAACUGGAGCCGGAAAGUCCAGUUUCAUCAACUCUGUCCAAACCGUCCUGCGCGGCAGACCUUACUCUCAGGCCUUGGUUGAUCACACCAAGGGUGACUGUUUUACCAAAGAGUACAUAACCCAUCAAAUCGAAAAGGAUGAUGACUCGUUUUAUCCUUUUAUCUUAAAUGACAUGAUGGGCCUGAGCAAACUCAAAGGUGUCUUGGUGGAAGACGUAGAACUGGCAUUAAAGGGUCAUGUCAAGGAAGGGUACAAGUUCAAUCCUGAGACUCCGUUAACUGAGGACAAUCAGUUCUACAACGCCCGUCCAACUCCCAAUGACAAAGUGCAGAUUCUGGUGUGUGUCAUUCCGGCUGACAAAAUAAGUAUAAUGGAUUCUGAGGUUUUGGAAAAAAUCAAGAAUAUAAGACUCAAAGCCAGUGCACUGCAUAUUCCACAGGUGACCAUUCUCACCAAAAUUGAUGACCUUCCUCUUGAGAUGCAUGCGGAAAUAAACGUAUAUGCGAUUAAAGGAGUGAAAGAAAAGAUGAAGGCAGCGCAGGCGAACAUGGGCUUCCCACUGAACUGCAUGUUCCCUGUGAAGAACUAUCAUGAGGAAAUCAACAUGAACAGAGAGGUUGAUGCUCUGAUUCUGAGCGCCAUGAGACACAUCAUCCAGUAUGGGGACGAUUUCAUAAAAUUCAGUCAAAACCGUUCUGAACCUAAAAUUGAUUCGUUAUGAAGAUUUAUUAUUUGGCCCAAAUCAACCAUGUGUGACUGAAUUCUGAUGGAUAACAGUCUUAUUUUUGAAAUGUUGCAUUAUGCUUAUCUUAGGUCCUUUACAGAUAAGAGUCGUUUGCUGUAAAAAAUUACUUUUGAAAAAAAUAUUAGAUAUAGCGGUACAGGGUUGGGUUUUUUUAGUAAUAAUAUAAUGUUAAUAUUAUCUUUUAGUAAUCAAUUAUCAGUAUCUCAUGC